GGCCAUGUAUAAGUAUAUGGCGUACCCCCGAGAUUAUCACUUUGAUGAAGUUGCAGCUGCUCUCGUCAAGAAACACCCUUGUUUGAGGGAGCCUGGAUCCUAUAGUGGAUAUUGUGGAUGGAAAAAUAGUUUAAAAUUUAAAAUGGGAAACUACCGCACCAAGUUAAGGAGAUCUGGAAUGGCUGAUGUCAAAGUGAAUGGCUGCAGAAGGCGCAAGGAUUUCCCGGACGAGGAUCUGCCAAGCCGCAACAUCAAAAAGGCUAAAAGGAAUGAGACUAACUUUUUGCCCAAUUUCCCUGAUGGAGAGGAUGAAGUUUCUCUUGAGGCAAUAAGGCGUGAACUUGACAUGGACGCUAAAAAAAGCUUACCUGAUGUGAUUGGCAUUAGAAAGAAGAUGGAUCAGACCUUCGCACUUAGAAGGAAGGAAAUUGUGGAGGAGCAACCACCUGUGUCGAGAAUGGUGGAGCGAUGGCCAGCGCUCUUCACGGAAACUCAAAUUUAUGAUGAAUUCUCAAGAGUUGCCAGCAAGAAUCUUCGUCAACAGUUCUAUGAAGCACUGGACCGUCACACACCCAUCCUGAUUCAAAUGAUGAAGUCCAAAAGAGGAAAAGUGGGCCAAUCCCUUGAAGGCUUUCUCCACCAGAUUGAUACUCAGAACAUCACUGUGACACGGACCAUUGUGCUGCGAUGUCUGCCAAUGUUUCUUGGAGAUGAUGACAGUGAGUUCUGCAGGACUUGCUUUGACUCGGACAACGGAGAGGACUCAGCCCAUGUGCCAGUGGGCAUACUUACCGUCAUCCCAGAGGAUGAUCCAAAGCCUAAUGCUGCUGGUUUGCACUUGCACCCUAGCAUCGUUGCGGUCAUUCUUGAGGGGGACCUAGUCUUGGAUGACUUGUCUUCAUAUCCAGAGGCGUUUUGUCUUUUGUUUGGACUUGUAUAUGCAUUGCACCUUGACUAUCCCAGAUCAAUGAGGUAUUCAUUUGAGUUCAUUCAAAAGAUCCUCUUGGAUAUUGGGCAAAACAAACUCAGCCCAAAAAUGCAAACCUUAAAAAAUGCUCUCAUGAGCUCAUAAGCACAGGGCACGAAAUCAGAAGUUGUUACGUUACUGUUCACAAGUUCAAUAAACUUACGUAUUUCCAGGUAAUCGGUUUCCUCAUUUUAUC